CUAGUAAGUACCUCAUGUACUCAAGUGAUAACGGAAAAUAGGAGGCGAAGUUUUGCCUGGAGUAAGAAAAGAUGACUGUUAGCCAAGAAACAGCAGCUUGUGUGUACUGGCUUCCCAAUAGUGUCGCCAACAGUAAGCAGCGUAGCGGUGGCUUUAUAACAUAUAACAGGGUGUCCACUCUGUCGCAGACAGUCGAAAAGCGAGCACAGACUAACACGGCACAGCGCAUUUCGAACUAGUUACCACCAUUAUGACGAUUUACCUGAUUGCAAUUUUAUUCGUCCUGCUUUGUCUGUGGGUCCGUAGACGAAGAGAGCAUUUCCGACUAUUUGCAAAAAGAAACAUACCGGGCCCCAAACCGAAUUUUUUAUUCGGUAACGGACUUAAAAUCUACCGCAAGGGUCAGGUGGCAUGUUAUCGUGAGUGGUACGAGAAAUAUGGUGAAGUAUUUGGUUUCUUUAACGGCGCGAUACCCGUCUUAGCCAUAUGUAAUAAGGAAAUUAUUAAGUUGAUUCAAACUAAAAAAUUUACUUCGUUCACGGAUCGUGGCAAAGUUAUGGGCCCAAAUCCACGUAAUAAAACAUUGAUUGAACUUAACGGACAGGAAUGGAAGCAUGCGCGGUCCGCCUUGACGCCGUCGUUUACAAUAAGUAAACUGAAAACUGUUACUAAUGGUGUUUCCGAAAUUGUGGACGAAUUUCAAGAGCUCCUGGAAAAAGCUGCCGCAAAUGGACAACCCAUUGAUAUCUACAGAGCUUUCCAAACCUUGACUCUUGAUACAAUCUGUCGAACAGCUCUAGGUGUUAAUUAUGGGGUGCUUAAAAAUCCUGAUCAUCCAGUACUACUUCGGAUUAAUGGUCUUUUCGAAAUGAACUAUAGCAUAGUCCUAGGGGUCCUAUUGUCAUUUCCUUACCUGUUCUGGCUUGUUCCAUGGGCGCGCUUGUUUAUUGAACUUCUAUUUAACAAGGCCGAUCGAUUCUCAAACCCCAACACAGCACUUAUGGCCGACUGUGCAAAGGUGAUACAAUCAAGACGUCAGAAUUUAAACGAGAAGCCGAAUGAUCUUCUGCAGCUACUGAUCGAUGCACAGUACCAGGAGGCUGCCGUAGAUAAACAUACAAUGGACGACGAUGCAGACAAGACAGGGAAACUUCGAUCGGCUUCGUCUCAUACUGUCAAGACUGGAUUUAGCGAUAACAUAAUAGUACAAAAUGCCUGGCUAGUAAUGAUUGCAGGAUAUGGAACUACGUCAAGUACGUUAGCGUCACUCAGCCAUGUGCUCAUGCGAAAUCCUGAGGUACAGAACAAGAUGCGAGUGGAACUUCAACAAAAUAUUAAGGAUGAUAUCAAUUUUGAGGCACUGCAGAAACUUCCCUAUAUGGAGGCCGUCAUCAAAGAAACUCUUAGGAUGUAUUCGCCGGUAUACCGUAUUACCAGAUUAGCGCUUCACGAUGUCAAAUUGCCAAAUGGGCUGAGUAUAAAGAAGGGCGAUUUGCUAGUGUUUCCGGCGGAUACGGUACAUUAUAGAGAAGACUACUUCAAAAAUCCCCACGAAUUCCGACCCGAACGAUUCUUAAAUAAUGAAGUUGACCCUGCGGCAUAUCAACCCUUCGGAAACGGACCCCGCAACUGUCUCGGAAUGAGGUUUGCUCAACUGGAAAUCAAACUUACCCUAGCCAAGUUGCUACUUCGCUAUCGACUCCAGCCUGUGCCACAGACGCCAGCUAAACUCCCUUUUCAGACAUUUGGUGUGCUCCAGAAACCGGCAGGCAAAAUACUUACCCAAGUUGUAAAACUUUAAUUAACGCCAACACUUCCUCGUAAAAUAGAUCGUGCAAAUUCAAAUGAUACUUUCAUGCUGUAAGAUGUUAAAGCAGUUUAAGCUGAUUUUUAGCAUGUUAAGAGAUGUUGGUAUAUAAAAAUAAAUCUGUAUCUACCUCAAGCUCUA